AUGACAUUGCGGAAGAGCUAUUCCUGUAGCCUCACCCCUCCCUCUUCACAACAACACACCGGGGAGUCGGGAAAAAGCUUCAGCAUCAACAAGCAGGGGAAUCAACAGGCGAAUCAAAAGUCAACCGACGUCAGUGGAGAUCCACGGCGGAGAUGGCCCAAGCCAACAUCUCGGUGACGGAGAGCCAGUUCAGGUGUCCCAUCUGCCUGGACACCCUGAAGAACCCGGUGUCCACCCCGUGCGGACACACCUACUGCAUGUCCUGCAUUAACAACUACUGGGACCAGGCUGAAUCGGGUCAGUUCAGCUGCCCACAGUGCCGGGAGACGUUCAGCCCUCGGCCGAUGCUCCGGAGGAACACCGUGCUCUCCGAGGUCGUCGACAAACUCAAGCUGACUGAGAUGGUCACGGCGCCGGAGCUCUACCUGGGGGGAGUCGGCGAGGUUCCGUGUGACUUCUGCCCGGCGGAGAGCAGGCUGAAGGCGGCCAAGUCGUGCCUGGUUUGUUUGGCGAGCUUCUGCGAGCUCCACGUCCUUCCGCACCGGGAGGUCGGCACUCUUCGGCGGCACAAGAUGGUGGCCGCUGUUGAGUGUCUGGCGGAGAGGUUGUGUGCUCAGCACCGUCUGGGUCUGGAGCCCGUGGGGGGGGUAGGCUCCGAGGCGGAGGCCCCGAUGGAGUGGAGCGGGGACUGCCUGCUGUGCGAGGCGGACCAGGAGGAAGUGCACAAUGUGGACGCCCAGAGAGCAAGGAGACAGCUUCAGCUUCAGGAGGCUCAGAGAAUAGUUCAGGGGAGGACGAGGACCGGAGAGAGAGAGCUGGAAGAGUUUCAGCAGAGCUUGGAGUCACUAAAGGUGUCGGCAUCAGCUGUCUUGGAGGACAGUGAAGCUCUGUUCGCAGACAUGGCUCUUCGCCUGGAGAAGACCAAGGCAGAGGUUCGAGGGAGGCUGGAGGCGAAGGAGCGAGCGGUGGUCGGGAGGGCCGAUCGAGACAUUGAGACGCUGGAGAAAGACCUCGAGGAGCUGAGGAGGAGAGACGGGGAGAUCGCGCAGCUCCUGCAAUCUGAGGACAACGCCCACUUCUUACAGGCGGCUCCUCUGCUAUGCGUUCCUCUCUCUACUGGUCGGCACUCCCGAGCCCUCAGCCUGCCCUCGGAGGCCUUCAGCGGCGCCAGGAGAGCGCUGUGCCACCUUCGCAGCAGGAUGGAGGAGGUCUGCAGGGAGGAGGUGGACAAGAUCAGCCGUGCAGUUAAUGAGAACUACGUCUCUGGUGCAGAGUGUGUAAAAGGUGGCAAAAAUCUUGGUGCAGAGAACUCAAAACCACAGCAAAUGCAACCGGGUCAGCAGAGCUCAGGGGCAACUCCGGCGACUUUCCCUCUGUCGUCUUUGUCUCUGCAGCCGGCUGAUCAGAGGAUGAGGGCAGUUUUCCUCAGGUUUUCAAGUCGUCUCUCCUUGGACCCUGACACAGCCCAUCCAACCCUUGUUCUUCUGGAGGGGCCUCAGGGUGCCCACUGUGGCGAGGAGCCCCAAUCAUACCCCCCUCACCCUCAGCGCUUUGAUUCAGUGGCUCAGGUCCUGUGCAGGGAGGGCCAGUUUGGCGGUGCCAGCUACUGGGAGGUGGAGUGGAGGGGUGGGGGAUGGGUGGACAUCGGCGUCACCUACAAAGGUAUUGGACGUAAAGGUGGCGGGAAACCCUGCCUGCUGGGGCGAAACGAGAACUCUUGGCGGCUGAGGUGUACACACGCUGGGUACGCUGCCUGGCACGAUAACCGUAAGACCACAGUGGCUGCACCGCCCUGCCCGAGGAUCGGCGUGUUCCUGGAACGGCAGAAAGGAACUCUGUCUUUUUACAGCGUGUCAGACACAGUAGUCCUCCUGCACACCUUCCGUUGCCCGUUCUCUCAGCCGCUCUACCCGGCCUUCCGCCUCGACCUGGACACUACCCUGCUCAUCUGCCCCCAUGACAGAAGCAAUGGAAGCCCGGCCUAACCUUCAUCUUGUCAUUAAAGUAUGGCAGGAGAAGGCCGUUUUGUCUCUGCCCAGGAAAAUAAACUUGAGGGCUCCACCUGGGUCAGUUGAAUCAGAUUUUGUUGGUCAAUUUAAAACAGCGGCUAUUCAUUCUAUAUUUAUCAGCUCUUUUCCACACAAAACUUUUUUAUCAGCCUACAUUGGUGUCAACUUUGACCUGUACAGUUCAUGUUUGUUUGAUUUUACCAGAUUUUAUCAGCUGCUUCUUUCUUACUGAUUUUCUUAUUGUCAUUUUAAUUUACAUUAUUUAAUCAAGGUGAAGGAUUUAGCCAGCUAGGGAGCUAAAGAGCUAAAGAUAGCAGCAGCUCGGCUAGCAGCCCACAAAGCCUCAAUGAAGAGAGUCCGAGAGACAUGAAACUGCUUCAUUUUUUUUUUUUAACAGUUUUAUACACCAGGUUGUGUUUUUUUUUUAAUAUAUCUGGGGUGUGUCUUACUUCAAAUAAUAACAUCAGUGAUCAACACUGUAGAGUUCAGAACAUAAAAAUCAGGCAGAGCACCAACAAGCCAACGGCAGCUCAGCUAGCAGCCUCUCUAGACUUCUACGAACGUGGACCUGCUUUGUUUGAUGUUACAGCUUGUUGUAAACCCUAAGGCCUGUUUUUGUGAUAGAAAGGCUUAAAAACAGAAGUGCAGAUUCAAACUGAGAUUUGGGUUCAUGACAGGGAUGGUCAACAUAUAGAAGGCAGCCCAAAUAAGUAUGAAAUAUCCCUGCAGAGGUUUCUGAUGCAGAAGAAACAAUACCAGAAGGUAGCAGAACAGUCAGGAAUCUUUUCAUUUUCAAUAAGUGUCUACUUUCUUUGUCUCUAUUUUAUCAGUCUUUAAAAUCCUCACUGUCAGGCUGAGCUUUAUAAUGCACACUGUAGUUACAUUUUAACACUAUGCAUUUUUUACAAGACAAACUAAGAAUUGUUACAUUAGGAAAUGCCCAGACGUUUCUUAUAACAAUGACAAUCCUGUUCAAGCGUCCCAGUGAACCGUGAGCGAGACGAAGCAAUCAGAAUAUCUUCAGGCUCAAACUGAAGGAGCUCAUUUGUAUGCACCUUUUUUCAACUUUAAAAAGGUAAAGUGUCUACCUUGAAACAGACUGAACAACAAUAUGUCUUGAGAAAUGGUCAAAAAGUAUUUUCCCCUCUUCAUGUUUCACGUUGUUUGCUUUGAGAGUCGUUUGAAGUACCAGAGGAAGGAUUUUCUUUUAUGAUGCAAUGAUGGGCUGGACAUGAGGAACCUGCGACUACUUGAAUACUUAAAGCAAGAUCAUUUUUUGUAUCAUUUCCACUGCCACGGGACGUAGGAAACUUAGCUGAGUUUCCCUGAAUGAAAGCGUGACCUCAGCUUCAGAUUUAGACGAAACAAAGGCCAUAUGUAGCAAAGGAUUUUCUUCGGGUGAUGUCUGUUUUUUGUUUGUCUGUCGUUGUUGUUUAUGUAACUGUAAGCGGUUAUUGUCUUCAAUGUGGGCAAGUUUAUGUAUGAAUUAUAUUUGUCAGGUCUUUGUGCUAAGCUAAGGGAGGUAGCUGCUUGCGCUGAUCUAGUGGUAUCGAUCUGCUGAAUCAGCAAGAAAAAUAAAAUAAAGAAAAACAUCAUUCUUAAAUCAUCAAACUUUUCACAUUUUCAUCUAUGAUCAUAUCUGUGUCAGUAUAUAACUAACCAACAGUUAAUUAACUUAUUACAUAUUUUAAAUAUGUAAAUGAAAAGGGCACAUGUCCACAUAAUCAUUUCUAAGCUACAUCAGCCAAGCCAUCAAAGCGUCACAAUAACCUGGAAACCUAUGGUGGAUCAUUUACAACAUACAUACUGGAAUUUACUAUGCAUGCUUCCAAAGCCAUGAAAUCACUAUCCAAUUAUCAUAUCUUAACAUAUCAAGUCAUAUUUUGGAUGAAAAGAUCCAUGUCGUAAAAAGUGACUUGCUGCAACCCUUUAGCAUCAAGCAUUGGGG